AAUUGACAUGAAUUUACUUCCAAUAUUAGACUCUAUGUCCUGCCAUGGGGAUAUUAGCACUGGCUCUGUGCAGUCCAGUACAGCAAAAACAAUUUUACUGGAGGAUGUCGUACGUCCCAGCACAGCAGCCAGCUUUUAUUUGCCUUCUGGAUAAGAGAACCUGAACGAUGGAUCUUCAGAGGCUCAAAAUGGCCCAAUAGAUGGAACAAACCAAAAGAGAGAGAAAACAUUGGCAGACAUUUCAGUUUUGUCCUCUUGCAAUCCCUGCAUCUCACAUGCUCACACUACCAUUCCCACCACCAUCAGAAGCGACCACAAGCUAAAGCAAAGGUUGAGGGAGAGCUCAACGAUUUUUUCUUUCUUUGCAUAGCUUCCCUUCAGGCUGCAGGCUUGCACUCUUUGCCUGUCAAAACCUUCACCCUGUUCUCAUGUUAAGGAUAGAGGCCUCGUUGUAUUAUCGGUUCACAGGGCCAAGAUGGAGAGUCUGUGCUUGCGGAAACACACAACAAGGAACUACCACCCUUCAUGACGCAGAAGUGAGUUCCUAUGGAUACGGGGAAAGGAAGAACCGGAAACACCAGGGCGCCUACAUUGACAAAGAGGGCGUUGCGAGGACCUUCGAUCGGAAGAAAAUAUCACGGAAAAGGGGGGGUGCAAUGAGAGGCCGUGGUUGGAAGUAUGGCUCCGGGUUUGUGGAUGGGGUCUUCCCUGUGCUCAGCCCAAUGGCACAGGAUAUCCUAGAAUUUGUUCAAAAAGGAACAGACGUUGCCAAAAUCUGGGAAUCACUGGACAACAUUCCUCCCACGCACAAUCUGUGGGAUGACAUUCUCAACGUCGCUGUCCAACUCCGCCUGAACCGACAAUGGGAUCCGAUCAUAUCAGUCUGCGAGUGGAUCGUCUACCGGAGUUCCUUCCGUCCCGACAUAAUCUGCUACAAUCUGCUCAUAGAUGCAUAUGGUCGAAAGCGUCAGCUGAACAAGGCAGAAUCAAUUUAUGCGGCUGUUCUGGAGGCCCAGUGCGUGCCAACAGAGGACACAUAUGCCCUCCUCUUGCGUGCCUACUGCAAUGCCAGAUCGCUGCACCGAGCAGAAGGCGUGAUAUCCGAGAUGCAGGAGCAUGGGAUCCCUCCAAGUGCAACUGUAUACAAUGCGUACCUUGAUGGCUUGCUGAAGGCAAGAUGCACUGUAAAGGCGGUCGAGGUGUAUCAGAGGAUGAAGAAAGAGCGGUGCCGAACAAACACGGAGACAUACACACUGAUGAUCAACGUGUAUGGGAAGUCGAAGCAACCGAUGUCGGCGAUGAAAAUCUUCAACGAGAUGCAGUCGAUCGGGUGCAAGGCCAACAUCUGCACCUACACCGCCCUGGUGAACGCGUUCGCGAGGGAAGGGCUGUGCGAGAAGGCAGAGGAGGUGUUCGAGCAGAUGCAGCAAGCCGGGCACGAGCCUGACGUCUACGCCUACAAUGCCCUCAUGGAGGCUUACAGCCGGGCAGGGUUUCCGCAAGGCGCUUCGGAGAUCUUCUCCCUGAUGCAGCACAUGGGGUGCGAGCCUGACAGAGCCUCCUACAACAUCCUGGUGGACGCCUAUGGCAGAGCCGGCCUUCAUCGAGAAGCAGAAGCAACGUUCGAGUCGCUGAAGCAGCAGGGGAUGGCGCCGACGAUGAAGUCCCACAUGCUGCUGCUGUCGGCGCACGCCAGAUCCGGGAACGUGGGCAGGUGCGAGCAGGUGAUGGCGCAGCUGCACAAGUCGGGGCUCCGCCCGGACACCUUCGCCCUCAACGCCAUGCUCCACGCCUACGCCCGCGCCGGCCGCCUGGACGACAUGGAGCGGCUCCUGGCCGCCAUGGAUCUGGCCGGGUCCGCCGACGUGGGCUCCCACAACGUGGCCGUCAACGCCUACGCGCGCGCGGGGUACCUGGGGCGGAUGGAGGCGGCGUUCGAGGGGAUCCGGAGGAGGAAGGGGAAGAAGGGGGGAAUCGAUGCUGAUGUGGUGUCGUGGACGUCCCGGAUGGGCGGCUACGCGAGGAAGAAGGAGUACGGGAAGUGCCUGGAGAUCUUCGAGGAGAUGGUGGAUGCUGGGUGCUACCCGGACGCUGGCACGGCCAAGGUGCUCAUGGCGGCGUGCUCUGAUGAGAGGCAGGUGGAGCAGGUCGCCGCCAUUGUUCGGUCCAUGCAUAAGGAAGCCAAGACCUUGUUCACUGUUGGAUGAAGACCAAGAUCCUUCAUGAACUGUUCACUCACGAGGUUCGUGAAAAACGUGAUUUGCAAUUGUAAAAGUGAACGAGACAAAGCUAUACAGACCAAUGUUCUGAUUUCUAUCGAAAUUUUACGAAACUAGCCGUUGAGUUUCAUGGUU